AUGUCACAGAGGAGUACUUCUGACCAAACUGUGAGCAGUAUGUGGGAAGUGGAAGUGAUGAGGAAAGUGGUAGAAGAGGCCCUUUCUCCUUUGCAGACCUCCACCCUGGAAACCCAAUAUUCAUGGAAGGAUACUGGACAGACGAUACAGGAUCCUGGGAUGAGGAGGACCAGGGAGACAAUGGAAGUUCAAGCAGGGACAGCCCUUCAGAUGGAGGGGACCUCUCCCUCCCUACCCAGGGACAGAGAUUGGCUAGAGAGGUUAGAACAGAUGCUGCAAGACAAGAAGCAGCAAGAAACAUGGAGAACAAGUCAGAUGGUUUUUGGAUUACCACCCCAACCUCUCCAAACGAUAUUUCAGUCAUCCCCAACCUCAGAGUCACAGUACCAGGAACCCCGACCAGUUCCUCUGGAAGCACCAUAUCCUGGCACUCUCGAGGGGGAACCUGCAGAAUCCUCAGACUCAACACUCCACCAUGCCUUACUUUACUGUAUCCAAGAGUUGGAGAACUUGGCAUCAGUUGGAAUGACAAUCCACUCCUUGAUCCCCAAAUUCAAACCCCUCCUGGUUGGUCAUCACACUGGUCCCCUCCCAGUAGAGAAGACCAAUGUUAUGCCCCAGCCACUCUUGAUGUUAGAGACUUACUCAGAAGAACAAUGGGGGUCUGAGGACCCAGAUGAUGACCCAGAAACAAAACACCUUCCACAGAUGGGAGACGUAACCCUAACACCCCAGUCAAAAUCCUUUUUUGCUGGGUUUUCUUCUCAAGUAGUACCUCCAACAGGUACCAAAUCCUUAAGUGGUUUGAAGGAAACCAAUCCCUUCAAAACGAGGUCAAUCAAGGCCCUGUCCCACCAGAGCUCAAUACAGCACAUCCUGGCAAACCCUACUGUGGGUACACCAUCUGUCGACGAUUUUGGGAAGUCACCAGAAAUUGAAUUGGGCCCCUACUGGAGCUCGAGCCCUAUAUCUCUCUCUACUAUGAGCGCAUCUUCCAUCAAGGAGAUUACCUUGACUGACUGGACUUCUGGGUCCGAGCUAUACUCAAAACCAAACAAGCCAGCCAAAGAGACUAUGACGACGAGCCACCCUUUGAUGAGGGGACAGGCAAGUUUGUCUAGGGAUCCAGCACUAGGCCUAAUGACAGAAGAAAUCUAUAACUUAAACUGGAACCAGAUGUGA